AAAUUUUAUUGUAUUGUGCAAAUUGCUAUUGAGCAUAAUAUAUUGUUGCCGCAGUACAAACUCUAUUCAGUGCCUGUUCAGUAGGCAAAUAAUUGGCAUUUAUAGUAGAUUGUUUUCAAAAAUUUCGCUUAAUUUUACAAAAUACCCAAUUUAAGAAAAAAACUGGAAACUGAAUGCUUGCCACGCUAGCAGAAAGCCUCCGCAAUAAAAGCGGCCAAUAAGCUGGUACUGUGUGUGUAGUAAAAUGCAUAGCAGCGAUUGGAAGAAUCAUGCUGGAGGAGAGUGGCCAUCGCCGCGGGAGGUGCCAUACCAGCAGCAAAAAUUCUUACAAAAGCGACCACAACGUUUACAAUAUGGCCAACAGCCAGGCAACGCAACAUUUUAUGAACAGUGGCACGCCAACCCAAUAGCAGCGUAUCCACCGCCCAUGUACGCAACGGACGACAGUGGUUACUAUCGUCGCUAUUCUUUAGAUGCACCACCUGAAUCGUUUAUUUAUUAUAAUCGUAAUCCAACAGCAGCAUUUAUUGGGCAUUCACUUGAUAAUGUUGACAGCCCUUCCCUUGGCGCCUCUAAUACAUUAUUAUACCCGAAUACUUGGCAUAUUGACGACGAUGAGCCGCCACCACCACCGGACAAUGUACGCCGUGCAUUCUAUUUUAAACAAAAGAGCACACAAUCGCCAGCAGUUGAUGCAAAUAUUAUAAAUACAGAGCAGGUUGUGCAUAAUUUGACUUUGUUCGGACGUUUUUUGGAAGUAGUGCAGAGCUGGCCAUUGCCCCAUGUUUCAUUUACAACGGCUUGUAUUUUAGUUUUGAUAGCCACAUUUAUAUCGCCACGUUUAUGGGCACAAAAUAUUAUAUUUCCUGCUUUCAGAUUAUCCUUUGGUACUCUAUAUCCAGCAUACGCUUCUUACAAGGCUGUACGCACCAAAAAUGUGAAAGAAUAUGUGAAAUGGAUGAUGUAUUGGAUUGUGUACGCUUUCUUUACAUGCAUCGAAACAUUUACGGAUAUCUUUCUUUCAUGGUUUCCAUUUUACUAUGAAGUGAAAGUGAUCAUUGUUUUAUGGCUUUUGUCGCCCGCUACAAAGGGUAGCUCUACAUUGUACAGGAAGUUCGUACAUCCCAUGCUAACACGCAGAGAACAGGAAAUCGACGAGUACCUCAAUCAAGCCAAAGAACGUGGCUACUCAGCUGUAUUACAAUUGGGCACCAAAGGCGUCAACUAUGCUACCAAUGUCAUCAUGCAAACAGCGCUCAAGGGUGGCGGCAACCUGGUGCAAACGUUGCGACGCAGUUACAGCUUGAGCGAUCUCUCGGAGCCAGAUGUGCAACGCACACAGGACGAGAUCGACGAAGUCGUGCAAAUGCGUUCACAUCAACGGCUGCUGCGUCCACGUCCGCAGGCAAGUAUUGCCCGCUCAGCGUCGGGUACACGCCACUCAACCGGCAUGUAUUUCUCCGAGGUGGAUGUUGCUAAGGGUGCGGAUGGUUUUAACUACAAUAUAAGAUCAUCGGAAGACAUUAGUUCGGGUUACUCCAGCGCCGAGCCGGUAUCGGUUGGCCUAAGCAGAACAUCGUCGAUGACAAAUGCUUCGAAAACACGUUUGAAAGCCAGGCGUACAACAGAGCUUUUAAAUGAACCCGAACACAAGUUUAGGCCAAGCGCUCAAGAGUUUAGGGGAAGUUUAGAAGACUUUGAGACAUUACACGAUCCAACCGUCGUCGAUAUACAGAAAUGCAUACAAAUUUUGGAGGAGAUGCCACAUAUCGAAGGCGACGAAGAAAGUGGCGAGGACGGCGAGUGCUUGUCACUUGGAAAAAUGCAAACCAUUGAUGAGAUCAAUGAUGUGGAGUGUAGCUUUGAGAUAGAAACUGAACUUAAAGAAAUUAUAAAACUCAAAGACCAACCACCGGCUGACGGCGUCGCAGUAACGCAACAGCAAUUAGAAGCCGAGUUGGACGGAGUUGAGGAGACACACGAGGCGCCCAUUGCCGACAUCGAUGAAGUAGCAUUAAAGGACGAUUAUUAUUUCAAGGAGGAUAACAAUUCUAUUUACAGUAACAGCGAUACCUACAACACACUCGAAAGCAGCGAUGAGGACAAUGAAAGCGAUGUCUUCACAGAUGCGCUACCCACAUUAGAGACAGCUGAAGGAGCAAAGGCGGAGAAAGAUGUCGAAGAGACGCAUGCAGACAACUUUGAACAGCAAGAGAUUACAACUGCUUACGCGCAAACCGAUUUACCUAUAAAAGAAGGCACCGAAAUCGUAAACCAAGUUGUGGCUCAAGUAACCACAACCGGUGUAGAAACUCAAGCAACUACCGAAAAACCAAAAAUCAAUGCCAAAGAACUACAAGACACCUUAAAAGCUAUCAAAGAUAAUUUUCGUGCCAAUAUUGCAACAACAACAACAUCUUCAUCUUCUUACACAACUGCAAUUGAUAGUAAAUUAGUGAUGCCACGCCCUCUAACACACAACAAAGGCAAAGCACCAGCUCCACCAUUGCCGCCACGUCCCACACGUCCAGCCGCCGAUGUUGUGAGCAGCACCCCGGCACUUAGUAGUAGCGUGGAUGCGGCUAGCUUAUCCUCGCGGAGUCCUUCGCCAGCGCCGCACCGGAACAUAUUCCGAAAUAUAAAAAGCAAUCUCUUGCGUUUGGCCAGCAACAACAGUUUGACGGGCAAAGCAAGCGAGGCGAGUGCAGAAAAGCCAACUACCCGUUAUGAGACGCAAUUGUAGUUUAGUUCCAAGUACUAAAACUGCAACCAAAGAAAAACUCCGAGACAAACUCAAAGCGAUAAGGAAAUUGGCAGGAACAGUGUUGCUAAAAGACGUUGCCGAAAUACGCUUAAAAGAUUUGAUUUUUUUUUAAUUUAUAGCCUCUACAACAACAACAAUGGCCCACUUAUAGAAACAGUCUACAAUUACAACAAUUUUUUUAGAACUGUUAUGUCGGCUAGCUAUACAACGCUUCCACGCACCAAAAAGUCUGAAAAAGUCAUUGGAGCCACGACGAAAACGCGCAGUAAGACACAAUCGCAGACGGAGAAGUAGAGCACAGGCAACAAACAAACAAACAGCAGACGAAAGCAAGUCGUAAUCAAAUUGAAAGACUCAACAAACAUCGGCAUGAAAAGCAAAAAAACAAUAAUUUUUGCAGCAAUGGCUUAGGAAAAGGCAGCUUAAAGGAUUUUUAUUGCUGUAAAUUUAAAUUGAAGCUACAUAUGUAUGCAUACUAGCAUGAAAUUGUUUAUAUUAAGCUUCUAACGAAUUGUUGCCCAAUUUAUAAUUAUUUUUUUAAGCCGGCAACUUUUGGUGUUCCGUUGACCGUUGGCUGUUUUUACUUUUUCAAAAUAAUAGCGUUUGCUUUUCUCAUAAAAUGUUGAAUUUAUACUGCUCUAUGCACGGGCUGCCAGUUGCAACUGUUUUACUCCAAGUAUUGUCUCCUAAACAGGCAAAAGUGUAACAUUUUCGACCCUCUCAAAACAAGUGUCAGUGGUCCCGAGAACUUUCACUUAUGAUUUUAAAAAGUUUCAAAGUAUUUCAAUGAAAUAAUUGUUUGUAGUGUUGAAUGAUUAAACGUUUUUUCGUUACAAGUUACAAAAAUUUGGAACAGAGGUGCUCAACAAUUACUUUGAAGUAUAUUUAAUAAAUUAUUUUAUUGUAUGCAGUAAUAAAGAACGUAAACAAUGCAACAGCUGAUUUAUAAUAGGGUGCCAUUUUUUUAUUCCUUUAUAAUUUAAGAAAUGAAACAUUUUGCAGGCAGUAAUGGAACAUUUGCGCACUAUGGCCAUAUAAUGAGCCAACAUUUUCGUCGAGAAAAGAAAACGCUAUAAGUAUUACGACUGUUACGCAGAAUCUCUCCCUACCCCGCUACUGUUAAUUCUCCUCUCGCUUCUUGAGCGUUAUCUACCCACAAUAUCAAGUAAAAGUGAUUACAGCAGAAAAUAUGUCUAAACUUAAAGUUAGUUUAUGUUUUAUGUAUAUAUAUAAUAUAUGCUGUGCAGUAGGAUAUCUCUACGUGUGUGGCCUAUGUGAUACGGCUUGUGUGGACUAUAUCAUUUGUGUAUGCCGCCAGCUGAGUGCAGGUUUUUUGUGUUAUUUUAGUUUAUUUACUAAUACUAAUGUUAAAUAGCAUCGAAUGUUUAUGUUUUAUUUAGCAAUGUGUGCGUAAUGCGCGAACAAAGCAAAAAAUCAAAGAAAUAUUAUAAUUGGAUGCUAGAGAUUUUCAGCUAGCAAAUUACAAAAAUUGUGAACAGAGGUGCUCAACUAUUAGUUUGAAUUAUGUUUAAUUAAUUACAUACAUAUAUACAUACAUACAUAAUAUGAAUCGCACAUGCAUACAUACAAACAUACAUCAAUGUAUUUAUACUUAAGUUCUCGUAACUCCUACAACACUUUAGUUAAGCAUAUUAUAUGUAUAUACCUUUGUAUGUAUGUAUUUGGCCAAUUACAAUUUCCUUCUAUUUCCCUCCGCCAGUUAAUGUACUAUAUACUCGCAUAUUCGACGACGUUUGUAUACAUAGUACAUACCUACAUAUGUAUAAAUAUAAUGAAAAUAGUUACUAACAUUAAGAACGAUAAAUAAAAAAAUGCAUUCAGUUUCCUUAA